AUGGAGUCGCCGAGAAAAUUUAACGACUGUUACUUUUAUUACUAUUCUACAUGUACUAAGGGUGACAACUGUGUGUUUCGCCAUGAGCCAUCGGCUCUUGGUUGUGAGACAAUGUGCUCGGCAUGGCAGCAGGGAAAAUGCCUGGACAAACAUUGUAAACUAAGACACAUGGAACUGAGGAAAAAUCGCAAGCAAAUACCAUGUUACUGGGAAAACCAACCAGGUGGUUGUCGUAAGAAGCACUGCCCAUUCAUGCACAAGAAUCCAGAUGCCCGCACUGAUGGCAUAGCUCCAAGCCAGUCAGGCCCUAUUCCUACAAGCCCCUCUACAAGCAGCAUUCCUGAGGCAAGUGCUGAACAGGCCAUCACUGGAGUACCUACUCCCAAUGUGCCACCUCCAUCCUCUGUACCACUUUUGUGGCCACAGCGACAGGUGCUGGACUCUGCCAUCUUGGGCGUGCUUCCAGCGUCUCCCGAACUGAUGGGUGGGCGACGAGUAGUGUCCCACGGCCACCCUCACGCCCACGCCCACGCUCACGCCCACGCCCAUGCAGUGGCCCACGCCCCACACGAAGCCUACGCCCCGUUACCCGUCGACCCACUUGUCGUUAACUUCGAGGAAGAAUCAGACAACGAGAGUGCGCCCUCCUCCACUCCGACUAAGGCCGACGUCCCGGAAGCAGACGACCCUGCCAAAAUAGCCAGGACUAAGUCGCAAGAGCUCUUGCUCCUCGAAAAGAUCCAAGCCGAAUCCGCAGCUUACUACAAUUACGACGCCAUAGACAUUACAAAGGAGCGUAAAAAAGUUCGAGCCAAUUUGUCUACCAAAUACGAUAAAAUCUCCCUCGAUGAAAUCGCAGGUAAACAAACCGCCGGCGACAUGCGAACCUCCCUAGACUUCAAAGUUUUGUCACUAGACGAAAUAAGAGCAAAGAAAAAAGUGUCAGACACAGUCAUACAACCGACACCAAUCACGCUCACAUUAAAUAGGAAGAGGAAACUCUCUUCUCACGAAGCAAUUACCACGGCGGGUAAUAAAAUCAUCAAAUUAGUUAGGAACAAUUCCAUAGUUUAUAAGAAACUGGAUAAAAGUGCACCAACACAGCCAAGUCAGACCCAGAAAUCCGAAGUUAAAAAAGCGGAAGUGGUCAGCCGAAAAAGGACAUUAUCAGAACAGAGCGAUAUGUCUGUGAUGCAAGCGGAUGAAUUGGUAGAUAAUUGUUAUGAAUUUAAAAGAAUUAAGAUCGCCGAACAGACUUCUAAGCCACGACUCAUUAGAAGUAGAAGUUCUAAUAAAUCUACUAGUGAAAGCAAAGAUGUUGAUGAGUCCAGCAAAUGUGAAGACUCUGAUACGGAUGUCCAAAUUAUAAGUGUUGAUUUAUCCGACGAUAAAACAUGUGAUAGCGACAUAAUAGACGUUGAAUCGACGAAUAUUCGUGAACCCGUUGAUGUGGUAGACUUGUGCGAUGAACCCGAAGAUAAUGAAAUAACUGUUGCGGACUUAGAAUUAGACUUAGUUAAAAAUGUACCAGAUGUGGUCGCCAGUUGCCGGAAAAGUGUGAAUAAAGAAAACGAUAAAGACAUUUUAAAUGAUAUCGACGCAAUACUCAACGAAAACUUAUGA